AUGCGUGUGAGGGCGGCGAGGGCGCUGCGGGCGCUGCGCCGCGCGGUGCUGCUGCUGCCUCUAGCGUUGACUGCGCUGGCGCUGCUGCUGCUGCCGCGCCCGCAACCCCUCACACCCUCGCCUGGGAAUUCCUUACCCACCGCAGCGCUAAAAGAUGAAAUACAUCUACAAGUUAUAGAGAACGAGGUCGUUACAACUGCAGACUACGUAGCGAACCAAGAAAUUGAAGGCGACGAAGUGUCUCGCCGACCCUGGUUCAUGCGAGGAGGAGAGCAACGGCCCUGGCAGAGCGACCCACAUGCCAAAUUAUUCCCUGAAGACGCACCUGGAGAUGACAGGAUAGUACAGCAAUUAAUGUAUACGUUACCAAAAGACGAAGAUGUGCCUAUUAAGAAAAUUUUACUGGCAAAUGGUGUCGGAGCAUGGGGUGUAGCUGCAGGAAGGACGGAGUUUAUUCGGAACAAAUGUCCAGUGGAUCGCUGUUCUAUCACAGCAGACCUGAGGGAUGCAACAACUGCUGAUGCCAUCCUAUAUAAAGAUCAUCACACAGUUUUAAAUAUGAAACGUUCGCCAAAUCAGAUUUGGAUCCUGUAUUACUUGGAGUGUCCGUACCACACCGCAUCAUUGAGACCGUCAUCAUUUGACGUCUUUAACUGGACAUCGACAUAUCGUCGUGACUCAGAUAUUGUUGCUCCAUAUGAACGUUGGGUCUACUAUAAUCCCAAGGUGACUGAAAAAGAACUCGACCGAAAUUAUGCAGCAAAUAAAACUAAGAAGGUAGCGUGGUUCGUGUCAAACUGUCACGCUAGGAACCGUCGUCUCCAAUACGCUCGUCAACUCAGCAAGUACAUUCAAGUAGACAUUUAUGGGGCGUGUGGGACCCACCACUGCCCACGAACUGACCCAAACUGCCUCGAAAUGCUUGAAAGAGAAUACAAGUUUUAUCUAGCGUUCGAAAAUUCAAACUGUCGCGAUUAUAUUACAGAGAAAUUCUUUGUUAAUGGACUGCAACACAACAUUCUGCCCAUUGUAAUGGGUGCUCGCUCUUCGGAGUACGCUGCAGCAGCACCACAUAACUCCUACAUACAUGUCGAAGAAUUUGCUAACGCCGAAGAACUUGCGGCGUACUUGACUCGGCUCGAUGAAGAUGACAAUUUGUAUAACUCGUAUUUCAAGUGGAAGGGUACGGGCGAAUUUAUAAACACGUAUUUCUUCUGCCGCGUGUGCGCGAUGGUGCACGCCAACGAACGGCGCCACCGCAGCGCGCACUACAGCGACGUGCAGGCGUGGUGGCGCGACGGCGCCUGCACGCGCGCCACCUACUGGCGAGGGGCCGACGGCAAGGACACCGCCUCCCCACCUCUCAUAUCCUCCAACUGA